CUCACGACAUGUUAUUCAUAUUGCUUCUGGCUGCUUGUUCAAUUCCCACACACAGCACAUUGGAAUACGAAGACAUAGACAUACUGACCAACUACGAUGUUCAGUUUUCAGCGAUAACCCAAUCGAACAAUAACGCACCCUCCCCGAAGAAGCAAGGUUUUAGUGCUGGCAGUGGCUUAAGAAGUAUUGCAGAAGGUUCUUUCAGUGCGGCCAACGAUGCUGUGAAUAAUCAAGAUGCUGCCGGACAUCAGGCAGCUUAUGUAGCUAAGAAUACCCUGGCACAAUCAGCAGCAGCGGCUUCAGCGACUGCUCAGGCCGCAUUGGCAGGAAAGCAAAUUCUCCUUCAAGGACUUGAACAGCAACAUAGAGAUGCUCAAACUGCUCUAAUGGGCGAAAAACAGCAAUUGAUGCAGGCACAAAGAGCAGCUGACUCCACCCAAAGAGCAGCCAUAGAAGCAAGACAACAUGUUCAAGUGUUGACAAACACUCUGAACGCGGCCCAAGCAGCGGCAGAUCACGUAACCCAGGCAGCUUCUGAAGCUGCUGGUGAGUUAGCUGCUCAGCAAGCAAUGGUUGGAUCUGCUAUGGAUCGACUGGAAAUGUUGGGAAAACAGUUGGCAGCGGUUAGGAUAGAUUUCCAGGCCACCCAAGCAGCUGCCCAGAAAGCACAAGCCGCUGCCCAAGCGGCAGCUGCUAACGCUGCUGCUGCAGCUGCGGCAGCCGCAGCUGGUAUCGCAAAGAACACUGGCAAACAGUCACGUACAUCACCACCUUCCGCCCCUAAGCCAGUCAACGGUGGUGGGACCAAAAAAGAUGGGGGUGGAAAUAACGGAGUUGCAAAAAAUGGAGGAAAUGAUGGAGCAGUCGGAGGAGGAAAUGGUGGAGGAAAGGUUUCAGGAGAUAGAUCGAAGUAUAUUGCUGAUGCUAGUUACGAUGAAAAUACGUUUUACCACCCUUUAUUCUAUGGAGAAAAUUAAAGGAAAAUCUAAAUAAUUUCGUUAAUUUUUUUACGGUUUUCAUAAAAUAAAAAACAGAAUUUAUCUCUCAUUAUUUUCUACCCGAAAAGAAACAAAUAUGUCCGUUCAGACGAUAGCAUCAAAUUAUAGAGCUUCUCAUCGGCUGAAAAAUAUCCGACACAUGGAUAUUUAUUUGCAAGUACAGCUCUUUUGACAAUGGACUGAUUUUUCUAUCGACAUAAGGACUAAUCGACCCACAUACACCCAAACGAUGAGAUAGACACACUAAGAGAGAGAUACGCGAUUUUCCUUUAAUUUUCGUUGAUCCCUUGUUACAUCAUUGUUGUAUAUUCAUUUUA